AUGGCGCGGGUGGCUUUUCUUCGGGAGUCAACCUCUCGACCUCCUGUCCCAACCGAACCACUGACACCUAAAGAAUGGGCAGCGUUUGGAACGGCUAUUGGCGAGCCACAAGACGAGCAGGUUCCAGAGCACCUUCGCUUCCACAACCCUGCAUGGAAUCUCUCGCUUUUCAGGACCCUUGCUCAGAAACGCUGGGAGGAACAAGGAGGGGAGGGGGAGCUGGAAGAACCGGACCCAAUUGAUACAUCCGCUUAUAGCGAAAGUGAGGACAUAGAUAUGGUCGAUAAGAUGGAUACUACUGUUGACGAGGAGGGUUCAUUCGCAGGGAUUGCAGCUACGAAUAUCUUGCCAGAAGGAAGGAUGAGAAAAAAGGCCAAACUAGACUAUAGCGGUAUGUUCAUGCCGCUCCAUGAACUCGACGAUGAAGACGAUGGGAAGAAGAAGCACAGAUCAUCUGUUAGAGAUAUAAGUGAAGAUCAUACCAGUAACCAGUUGCUCCUGGGAUCUGCUACGCCGCCCGAUUCUUUACCGAAACCACAACAUAAGAGACGAGGGAGACCCCCAAGGAAACCACAACUUACUUCGGAGUUUAUCUCUGAGGUGGACGAUUUGUCUCAGAGCGAGGAUACUCCAGGAGAGUCUGUAUCAUCUAAGGGAGUUCCGUUUCUCGUACGUACGGUGAACGUUCAAAAAGAAAGAAGGAAAGCACUUCUGGAUGCUGGAAACAAGAUGCCCGAAAUAAACUGGCUAAACCGAGACCCGAUACCUAAGAGCGAGCUAUCUGCUAUACCACCGCCAUCAAUCAGCGGCCUGGUCCUGCCUUCAACUGAAAGAAAUAAUGUUACAGGAUAUAAGAAGAGAGUUAGUUUAGCGCCUGGAUUUUCUCAAAGUACACACCGCGCAAUCAUGAAUACAAUCAACCACCCAAUCAAACAAACACCGCCCACAGAGGGAAAGACAACCGAUCAGUUGACAACUUCACUACCGGAACCGUCCCCGCCGCCGAUACGAAAGGCUGGCAGCAGCUCACCUACAUCUAGUGAAUACGAGAGUGUAUCAUCUGAAAGCCAGGAGACGACGUUUCCUUCUGGCCAGUUACGCCUUGCUGACUUACCCCGAGAAAUUGCUGCCACGAUCCCUAAACCUUUAGAAUUCUUCAGUCGACGGGACCAUAUUAGUCCAUUGAUUGGGGGGAAUCUUAGAGCUGUUGUUGUUACCACCUCCGCCGGAAAGCCGAAUGCUCCAAUCCAAACAAAAGGUUAUAUGGCAAUUCAGCCUGCUUGGAAUCCUCAUGCGCCUAGGAAGGCAGGGGAAAACGGGAGCAUGAUGCAGUUAUCUGAAACAUCAACUGACCCGAUUUCGAAAACUCAAAAGAAUUUCCCCCUCUUCGUCGCUCGAAGGCCUCAUCAAUGGGAGUAUUGUGGUCAAUAUAAGGUAGCAGAGGUUGUUAAGCUUAGUGCGUUCGAGAACUGGAUGCACUUAUCAACAGGAGGGAGUAAACUGCUGAGGCAUUGGGGAGAAUCAAUUCUUCAGAAGAGAUUCGAAUGGGCUAAGAAUAUGUUUAUGCAAAAUUGUGGGUGGAAUGAAGAGAAGUGGCGUACUGCGGCAGUUGAGGAUAUCAUGGGCCCCAUUUUAGCGGGGACUGUCCCUAUGCAUUGGGUGCAUUUGCAGUGUGUCGGGUUUGACUUGGAAUUUUACGAGGCCCUCUUGAGGCAAAAAGUGAAAUGCGGUUUAGCCGCUUCACAGAAGAUAAUCCUAUAG